UAUUCCAUGUCAGAUUCCAACACAACCAACUUCACCAACCCCUCCACCUUCAUCCUGCUUGGCAUUCCUGGCUUGGAGGCAGCCCACAUCUGGAUCUCCAUCCCCUUCUGCACAAUGUACACCAUAGCUGUCUUGGGGAACUUCACCAUCCUGUUCAUUGUAAAGAUGGAGCAAAGCCUCCAUGGGCCCAUGUACUAUUUCCUCUGCGUGCUGGCCAUCACUGACCUGGUCAUGUCCACAUCCACACUGCCCAAAAUGCUGAAUAUCUUCUGGUUCAAUACCAGGGAGAUCAGUUUCAGUGCCUGCCUCACCCAGAUGUACGUCCUUCUCUGCUUCUCAGCAAUGGAGUCUGGAAUCCUCGUGGCCAUGGCUUUUGAUCGCUAUGUGGCCAUCUGCCAUCCCCUGAGACAUUCCAGCAUCCUGACAAACUCUGUUGUGGCCAAGAUCGGACUGGCCGCGCUGCUCCGCAGUGGAAUAUUCGCAUUACCCUACCCCCUCCUGGCGAGGCGUUGGCCAUAUUGCAGAACCAACAUCAUCCCUCACACCUAUUGUGAGCACAUAGCUGUGGUGAACCUGGCCUGUGCUGACAUCCGCAUCAGUAGUUACUACGGCCUGUUUGAUCUUUUCUCUGAGAUUGGAAUGGACGUGUUUUUCAUCACUGUGUCCUAUACUCAGAUCCUCCGGGCCAUCUUCCGCCUCCCCACAAAGGAUGCUCAGCUCAAAACAUUUGGAACCUGCAUCUCUCACCUUUGUGCCAUCUUAGCUUUCUACAUGCCAGGUUUCUUCUCCUCUCUCACGCACCGGUUUGGCCAUAAUGUGCCACUGCACUUCCUUGUUCUCAUUGCCAAUGUGUACCUCCUGGUGCCCCCUUUGCUCCACCCCAUCAUCUACGGGGUGAGGACCAAACAAAUCCGGGACAAGCUGCUCCGGCUCUUUACUCCUAAAGGGACCUAA